GUUCUUCAAGGUGUUAUUCAUAGCCCAAACCGGAUUGGACAGUCGGAUUAUAUUCGCUAUGUUUGCACUGGGAUACGCAAAUGUUAGCUCGUCAUGCUAAUAACAAUAACAAGGCUAUGGUAGCUUUAUCACAACAGUGUAAUAUUGUGUGCCUUUAAGAGAUAUGGCGGAUUCAAGCGGUCUGACUGACGUCACAGUGAAGACUCUGGACUCGCAGAGCAGGAGCUAUAAAGUCAGGGGAGAGUUGACAGUGAAGCAGUUCAAAGAACACAUAGCUCCAUCAGUGGAGAUCCCAGUCGACAAGCAGAGGCUCAUCUACCAGGGUAAAGUGCUCCAAGAUGACAGAACGCUGACAAUGUACAAUGUGGAUGGAAAGGUUAUUCAUCUGGUGGAACGAGCGCCACCCGAAAGUCCCAUCUCUGGCUUAGGGGGUGCGGGCGUAUCCAAUGGCGUGGCAGAGACCAGCAGCAGCCAUGUUUCCACUUCCUCCCAGGGCGAACCCCAUGACCGUAACAACUACGUAAUGCUCGGGACGUUUAACCUGCCUUUCAAUGUCACGGAACCGCAGCAGAUACAGAUGUCUGUGCAGCAAAUGAUGGCUGGAGUCAGUGAGCCAGGAAGGACCACCAGGGUCAGCACUCAAGCAGGGAACGUGCAGAGUCACUUGGGCCAGUCAGUGCAGAGUGAGGCUCGGAUGAGGCUCCAGCUCGCUCAGAUCUUGCUGCGGAACGCUGACACUCUGAUCCACAGACUGGAGGGGGUGUCCAGUGGCAGCAGUUUCCAGACAGAGUCAGAAGUACAAACCUCCUCUUCAUCCUUGCCUGUAUCGCCCUCCUCGGCCGUAGUUGCUCAAGCAUUACCGCCGACGGAUGCCAACAUUCCUCCUCCUGCUGCGGCAUCAUCUUCCACCUCCACACAGACUGAACAAGCACACAACACACAACCUAAUAAUAAUCCAAGUCCAGCUGAGUUGCUGGAGAUUCUCUCAGAGGUCAAGAGGGUGGAGGAAAGGUUACGUCCAUUCAUCCAGAGGACCCAGUCCAUCCUUGGGGCAGCCUCCUCGGCAGACUACAACAACAACAUGCAGGAACGAGAAACGAAUCAGCGUGUGCUCAAUAUGGCAGGGGAUGCGGUACGUCUUCUUGGCAAUACCUUGAUUGUCCUUGGUGACCUACGUUGCAACCUGGCAACACCGCCUCCUCGCCAGCUCUAUGUAGCCCAGCCCAUGGCCCAGUAUACCCAACCUGUCUUGGUCCAGUCCAGUCUGACACACAUUCCCAUUUCACUCAACAUAGGCACCACAGCAACUACGCAAUCAAAUGAAGUACUCUCAUCCGAAGGUCAACGUCAGCAACCUCAUACCAACAAUCUUUUAGAUCAGCAGACUUUUGGUCGGGCUCGGCCUCUUCACUCCAGUGGGACAAUUCAUUCAGUUCAAGGACAAGAAGGACCCCGAGUAAUCAGAAUCACCCACCAGACCUUGGAGCCUGCAGUCAUGAUGCAGAUGAACAUUGAUGGUGAUCCUGGUUCAGUCCAGCCAGGAUUACCCCCAGACUUCACGCGAGCUAUUGUUCAGCAAAUCUCCCGUCAAGCAGCCGCCAUUGCCGCAACAGCUUCAUCAGACCACCCAGUAAACCUGGCAGCAUCCAGUGCUGGUACCACUGACCGCAAUGAAAGAAUGCCUUCUACACAUCCCCCACAUCCUACUCAGGCCAGGGUUGUCUUCACCAGACCAUCCUUCCCUCAGCCUAUUGGAACCACAGCAGCCACUUUCAACCUGAGGGCCACUGUGCCCACAACCGGCCAACAGGCAAGACAGGACCAAGUUCUGACUUCUUCCCUCACCCAAAUGAUCAGCAGUCUGGUGGGGCAGCUUCUGAGGCCUGGGCACACAGGUGAUACCACGUCCAGCUCUCAAUCAUCCUUCUCUUCAUCUGAGUCCUCCUCAUCUCCUGUUAAUCCCUCUGCCGACACACCUGCACACAACACCACCUUGGGAUCUGUGGGUCAGCCAGCAGGAGGUGCUUUAGAGGGAACCCUGGUCCAACUCCUAGGCUCUCUGCCAGCGGGAGUUGCAGGGACAGGAAGUUCUGGCUCUGGAGCAGCAGCCUCCAUCACUGUGACUCUACCUGGAGUGCCUGGUUUCAUUCACAGCAUGUCAGACAUCACUUCAUCACCUCCGAGCCGUCCUGUUGAAUCGAACGUUCCUCAGUCCCAAAGUCCCUCCCUGCCUCAGCCAGGCAGUGGCAUUGGUGGAGACUCUUUGAGCCCUGAUUUAUUCACUGGAAUUGCACAAGGAGUGCUGUCCACCUUGAUGAACUCUCUUGGGGCAGAGCGAGGCGAUGAAGAAAGUAUUGCCCAGUUCUUUCAGAGGCUGUCUCAGACCACCAACCUGUUUACCAUUGGAUCUGGAGUUGCUGGCGGUUUCUUUUGCGACCUGUUGUCUCUGUUGUGUCAAAAUUUUGCAAUGGUGGACAUAGUGCUGUUGCUUAAUGGGACGGCUCAGCCUAUUACCCGAAUUCAGCCCCAGCUGACUGACUUCUUCACUGAGCACUACCUGCAGGGCCAAGAACCCACUGACCCUAACAUAGCUAGAGCAGCUGAGAACCUCAUCAGCGGUCUGGAGGAGCAUAUAAGGGAGAGUUUUGACACAGUGAGGGUCCGUGAUGGAGUGGACAUUGUUCAAACCAACCUUGUGUUCCUCAGACAGCAAUUAGUACAGAUGGCUUCACAUGUUCUGUGCUGCAAUGAUCACACCUUUGGCCCUCGAAUUCUGUUGCUGUGCACACAGGGUCUUUUUGAAUGUCUUGCCCUCAACUUCUACUGUCUUCAAGGAGACCAGAGAGCUUUGACUGCUAUCAUGUCCCACCUCAUUAGGAGAAUGUCCACAGAUGUCCAUCCCAUUCUGGUCACCUUGUUGACCAGAAUGAUGUCUCUGAGGCUGAAUGUCAUUUUGGAGCACAAUCCAGUUACCGAGGAUCAGAUCCAACACCAUGUCAUAUUUACACAGGCUGACUUGAACCAGAGGACAGAGGCUGGCAUUGGACGACAGCUAACGCGAAGUCAAAAUGUGGUGUUAGAGGAGAGUUUAUCUGCUGCAGCUACCACAGCAGAGGGGGUCUUGGCAUCGUCUGGUGACAGCGGAGAGGCUACAGACUCCCCAACAAGACGGGCUGAGCUGGCCCCUGAGGAGCAACCAUGGGAAGCGUCUCUUCCACCUGAGUGGGUUCCUAUUAUCAGGCACGACACGUUGUCUCAGAGGAAGAUUAAUGCGCAGCCUGCGUUGUCUGAUGCCUACCUCCACGGCAUGCCCGCAAAAAGGAGGAAGAUGACAGAGCGUGAAGGACCCCACCUCUCCUUGUCAGAUGCAGUGUGUCGAGCAGCUGGCUCUGUUGGAGCUUUGCCGGUCACUGCCAUAAACAGCCUGCAGGGGGAGCUGCAGAGGCCAGAGCUCCAGGAAGCAUAUGCAACACAGGUGAAGAACGACAUCAAAGUGCGAGUGCAGGAAGAUCCAGACUACAGCGCUCAGAGAUAUCCCAAUUCACAUCAAGCUUUCUCCUCAGAUGACUCUGAAAAUGCAGACUGCAAUCAUGGAACUUGAAUCCGAGGUCAAAGGUGAAAUGACCGUAACAGGAGCAUUUAGAACGCUCAUGCCCAUUGUUUCCGACAACUGUGGACCAAUAAUGCCCACGGAGCUCGUCAAGUGUUGUGAGGAAACAUUAUUUUUGAAUAAACAGCAGAAAACGACAA